AUGGGAGCUUCACAUUCGGUGAUCACAGUAAUUCAGUCACUUUUAAAACAACAUGAACUAAAGCUUUCAAAAAGAACGUUGGAAGGAUUUAUUACGGAAAUUGAUCGUAUCGCUCCCUGUGCCCCUCCACCUUAUGUUGAGAGGCACAGUUUAGAUUCCUUCUUUUUGAAAAGGGAUAAAAGGAAGCUUUUGCAGGCCUUCCCUGUAUUUGAGGCCGUGGAAGGGGACCAUGUUCAUGCACUAGUAGAAUAUCCCCUUGUUAAAGAACUUGCUGAAUCAGUUAACAAAUACGGGGUAGAUGCUAAUUUUACAAUCAUGCAGCUUGAAAGAAUUGCUAGCAUGGCAAUGACUUCAAAUGAUUUGCAAAAUACCAUAAAAGCUGCUCUCCCUAGUAUGGGACAGUACUUAGAAUGGAAAGCCUUGUGGAAUGAUGCUUCCCAAACUCAGGCAAGGGUCAGUGCCCAUGCAGAAGGCAAUCAGCGGCAAUGGACCUUUGAUUUGCUAAUGGAGCAAGGCCAGUUUGUUCAUAAUCAGACAAAUUAUGAUUGGGAGGCAUAUGGUCAGAUCUCUGCUGCUGCUAUUAAAGCAUGGAAAGCCCUUUCUAAGAAGGGUGAGGCCGGAGGACACCUGACAAAGAUUAUACAAGGCCCUCAGGAGCCAUUCUCAGAUUUUGCGGCCCAAAUGACAAAAGCAGCAGGUAGAAUAUUUGGAGAUCCGGAGCGAGUUAGGCCAAUGAUAGAACAGCUGGUAUAUGAAAAUGCUUCCCCAGAAUGUAAAACAGUCAUUAAAGGAACAAAGGGCUAA